AUGUUGCUCACCGACUUUUUGACACAGCUGCACGAACGUCGCCCGACUUUGGCAACUAAGCUGACACUUUCACAACUUGUCCGGUUUGUUAACCUCGCCAGCGACGUGUACAAGCCAGUAGACCACGCCUUACAAUUGACUUCCGAUGAUCCUCGCAUACUUCCCUUCCUCAAGCUGGCCCUGGACGUAGGCAUGGACUUGGACGAUUACGACGCUCUUUGGAACCUGGCAUUUCCUUCCCUACCAUUCUCAUUCAUCAAUCCCGGCGCUCUGAUUCGCUUGCAUGGUCUGACCGACCACCUGACCACCAAGCCGAUCAAAGCGGAACCUCCACAUACGCCCCCGACGGGAAGGCUAUGUGUAUGA